GAACCAAAACCAUAAACAAAGUUAUAACCAUGUGCACACCAUGGACAAUGACAUGGCAUGUAAGAGGGAGAGUUAGGAGCUGCACUUCAUGUUUCUCCGCAUGCAAGUUACCUUUAGGUGCACACCAUCAUGAAGAUGAUCAUGAAUUGGGUUCUUCCCCUCAAGUGGCUGCAGAUAGAAAAAGUGUGGCAUUUGACAAGAAAAAAGACAAUAUCAUCAAUCCUAUGCAUAACAAAAAGUUGUCACGGGCAAACAAAAAAUGCAACAAAAGGAUUCAGAAAAAAGAUCAAAUGGAAAAGGAUGAAGAUGGAGUUCUAAUUGAAAACUUGGUUGAUGAACCAACAUGGUCACUCUCAGGUUAUGAUGAUUAUAUAGUGUUCUGCUUUAGAGAGGAUGGAGCAUUUGAUGUUGUCAAAGAUUACAAGGGUGUUAAGUCUGAGACCCACAGAGGUGUUGAUGAAAAUCAUAAAAUUUCAAAGACUCUGAAUAGAAAGCUUGAAUAUGGUGGGGAUGCAGAUCAAGUUAGGGAUGAAAACAUACAUGAGAAAAGAUCAAAUGAAAAACGGUGGGAUACUUAUCAUCACAAUCAAGAUUAUGUUACCCUUUUGAAAGAGGAUGAGAAAAGGAAGAACAAAUGCUUGAGUAGAAAUCAAGACAGCAUAAGAAGGGCAUGCUGGGUUGAAGAGAUUAAAGACUGUGGAAUGUUAUCUACUGAAUCAGUGGACUCUAUUCAUUCUGAAAGCACCACAUGUUCUUUUUCCUUCCCUGUGUAA